CCGUAGUUCACAGGCGCGGCCAUAUUUUAUUCUAAAUAACGGAAAUUGAGUUCAGUCUGUUGUUCCGGCGUUUUGCGUGAAUUUGCCACAAUGUCUGGAGCAUCCAACAUUAACGCGAUGAAGAAGGUCGUUCAGCAGCUACGAUUUGAAGCGAAUAUCGACCGAGUGAAGGUGUCUCAGGCGGCGGCUGAGCUUCAGCAGUUCUGCAUGCAGAACGCUCUGCAGGAUCCGCUGCUCACCGGCGUGUCCUCAAGCACCAACCCGUUCAGGACACAAAAGCUCUGCUCUUUUGUCUGAUGCUUCCUGCCACUGGUCUCGUUUCCUCCUGUUCCUGUGACGUUUCUGAUUCGGAGAAAGACGAACUUCUGCCGUAACCUACAAAAACAGCCAACUCUGAUGCAAACGUGUUCUCGUAUGAAACCAGGACCUCAUUCAUUUAGACUCAAAUCAAAUCCCUUGCAGUGGAUUCCUCAUUUCAGGAGCAGAUACCGUGGAAUCGGCAUUAACUAUUGAAACGUAACAUAAAAUUUACCGUUUUUUUUUUUUUUUAAAACUCGUGUGUGACUUACGUGGGUCACAAACUAAAUCGCCCGCUCAUGUCUUAGAAUGGCUUUUGUCAACAGACUGACAAAAGACUUUUAUGUUUCAGGUGGCAAAGCAGUGGAAGCUCUAAUUUAUUGUGCCUUUGUGUUUUUUAAACCGUGUGCUCAUUUUCUAUGCCUUGCCUUAGGCUUUUUUUGUACGGAAUAAAUCACUGAUUUGUACACAA